GGGAGGAGGAGCGGAGGAAUCACAGGGGAGGGCGCCCGCCACCGCCGCUUAAAGGGGAACCGUUAAGUAAAGAAUCUAGAUCUGGUUAAUCCAUAAAGGAGCUAACAGAAUUGUUCUCUAAACAGAAACGGAGAUUAAUCUGUCUGUAAAACAUGUCUGUCCGGGAGUCCUUCAAUCCAGAGAGUUACGAGCUUGACAAAAGCUUCCGCCUGACUCGCUUUGCAGAACUUAAAGGCACUGGUUGCAAAGUCCCUCAAGAUGUCUUGCAAAAACUGCUGGAGUCCUUGCAAGAUAAUCACUUCCAGGAAGAUGAGCAGUUUCUUGGAGCAGUUAUGCCAAGGUUGGGUAUUGGUAUGGACACAUGCGUCAUCCCCUUAAGACAUGGUGGCCUUUCGCUCGUUCAGACUACAGACUAUAUUUAUCCUAUUGUAGAUGACCCUUAUAUGAUGGGAAGAAUAGCCUGUGCAAAUGUAUUGAGCGACCUGUAUGCAAUGGGGGUAACUGAAUGUGACAACAUGUUGAUGCUUCUCGGUGUCAGUAAUAAACUGACUGAUCGGGAAAGAGACAAGGUGAUGCCUCUCAUCAUUCAGGGCUUCAAGGAUGCUGCAGAAGAAGCUGGGACUUCUGUUACGGGAGGCCAGACCGUAUUAAAUCCUUGGGUUGUUCUUGGAGGAGUUGCCACAACUGUAUGUCAGCCUAAUGAGUUCAUCAUGCCAGACAAUGCAGUACCUGGAGAUGUCCUUGUAUUGACCAAGCCUUUGGGGACCCAAGUUGCAGUAGCAGUUCAUCAAUGGCUAGAUAUUCCAGAAAAAUGGAAUAAAAUAAAACUGGUCGUCACCCAAGAAGAUGUGGAGUUGGCAUAUCAGGAGGCGAUGAUGAACAUGGCGCGGUUAAACCGAACGGCUGCCGGUCUUAUGCACACAUUUAAUGCACAUGCUGCUACUGAUAUUACAGGUUUUGGGAUUUUAGGACAUGCACAAAACUUGGCCAAACAGCAGCGGAAUGAGGUUUCCUUUGUCAUCCAUAACCUUCCUGUCUUAGCCAAAAUGGCUGCUGUUAGCAAGGCCUGUGGAAAUAUGUUUGGUCUUAUGCAUGGAUCUUGCCCAGAGACAUCAGGAGGUCUCCUAAUCUGUCUACCGCGAGAACAGGCUGCCCGGUUUUGUGCUGAAAUCAAGUCCCCAAAGUAUGGAGAAGGUCAUCAAGCCUGGAUCAUUGGAAUUGUAGAAAAAGGCAACCGCACUGCUAGAAUCAUAGAUAAGCCACGAAUCAUAGAAGUUGCCCCCCAAGUUGCUACUCAAAAUGUAAACCCAACGCCUGGUGCCACCUCUUAAUUUAGGCUUCCCUAGCUUUUUUGUUUUGUUUUUAAAUAGACCCUAUUCUUUACCAUCAUACAAUUUAAAUAAUUGUAAAGAAAAAUAUAUAUAUAAAUAUAUAUCAUUGUGUCUGCCCAUUUCGUGGCCUUGGGUCAGUUAUACGAAGGGUAGUAAUUAAGAAAAAAAUCCAUUGCCUUUUUGUUCUGUUUCUUCUUCCCUUUUUUUUUUUUUUUUAUCCGUCUGUCCCCCCCCCCCCCUUCCUGUUACAUUAACUGAAGAUGCACCUAAUGUUGAGGCAGCUUCUAAGUUGAAGAAUUGUUAUCCGAUACAGUUGAUUCAUUUUGAAUCUAUAGACACUUAUCUCUUGCCGCAUAGGCUCUUUUUUUAAAGGUGCGUUCACUCAGCACAGACAUUGCCAUUCGUAGUGUCAAACAAGCAGUUAGUGUCUUCAUUUAUAUAUGUGUAUUUAUCAUUAUUGGUCUGACAAUGUUCAAUGGCUAUGGAAGUUAUUAUGGAGAGGCAAUAAAUUGGCUGUGGAUCAUAGCAGGAGGGUGCAUGAUUAUUUUUUUUUUAUUAUUAAAAAGACUAGACUUAUUAGACUUGCGCUCUUCUAGCCUUGUACUCUCCACUCCUCCUUAAGGUUGUGCUCUGUUACCAUUUCUAUGCUAGGUACACAUUUUACUGCGGCAUCGAAGGGUCUUACGGGUGCACCAUUUGCUUAAAGCACUUCUGGUUGACAAGAUUUUUUAUUUUAUUUUUUCUUCUGUAAUUCUCAUGUCCCAUGUUAACAAAGCCCUUUCUUAUUAGUAGCACAGAAAACAGCAGCGUGGUUAGAGCUGUGUAACUACAGGCCACGUGCAGAUAAAUUCAGAGGUAACAAAUCACUUCAGUUCAGUAAUUCUAAAUGUGCGCACACAUAAGUACAAAACACUUUAAGUAUAAUCAACACCUUUUCUGUUCUGUGGUUGAUAGUGUUUCAUACAUUUUUAUAUUUUGUAUAGUGAUUACAUGCCUUUAUA